CUCGCCGCCGCCUCAGUCGACUCUACAUCGCGUCAACUCGCACCGGUCCGCUCCUCGGUUUCCUUUCCGCGCGUAAAAAGUUUAUCCGCUAUUCGUAAACUUUCGAGCGCGGUGACAGCACGCUUGAUUUACUUUUCCUAGUAGAUUAGGCGUUAUCGUAGGAUCCUCACCGACUCCCUCGCGUCCAGUGCGUUGAGCGGUGACUCUGUAACUUUCGAUCUCUAGUUUAGUCGUGCGCGCGAAUAUUUUUCCCCUGUCGCUGGAAAGACUAUGUUCAGUCCCACCGAUGGGAUGUGCAGUCGGUGACGUGUGGGGCCGCGGUCGGUUCGGGAACUCGAUGCUGCUGCAGGGCGAGGGCCGAGAGCGGCCGGCCAUGGAGGAGGAGUGCUCGGCGCGGCCCUGCGCCACGGACUUCUCCAUCGCCGCUAUCAUGGCCAGGGACAGGCAGGAGCGCCGCGAGCGGAGGAGGCUCAGGGACCCCAGGGAGGACACGCUCACCCCUCUAGAAAAGUUUGUGGACGCCGCAGCGUCCGCGUCGGGGUCCCCGUCGCCCCCGCUGGCGGAGUUCGAGCGAGACUCUCCCGUGGACGUGUCGUCGACGUCCGAGGCGGGGUCCGCAGGGCACCCCGGCGGCUCCCGGGCCCUGUCACCCCCGCCGCGGAACCCCCAGCUUACCGAGCGCUGGUCCAGCGAGGAGAUGAGGCACAUCCAGUGCCACCUCGAGACCAAAGAGCUGUGGGACAAGUUUAACGAGCUGGGCACCGAGAUGAUCAUCACUAAAACUGGAAGGCGCAUGUUCCCGACGGUGCGCGUGUCGUUCUCGGGGUGCCGGUCGGAGGCGCGGUACGGCGUGCUGCUGGACGUCGUGCCGGUGGACGGCAAGCGCUACCGCUACGCCUACCACCGCUCGUCGUGGCUGGUCGCCGGCAAGGCGGACCCGCCCGCCCCCGCGCGCCUCUACCCGCACCCCGACUCGCCCUUCUCCGGCGACCAGCUGCGCAAGCAGGUCGUCUCCUUCGAGAAGGUCAAGCUCACCAACAACGAGAUGGAUAAAAAUGGACAGUUGGUGUUGAACUCAAUGCACAAGUAUCAGCCCCGAAUCCACCUGGUGCUGCGGCGGGAGGGGGCGAUCAACGCGCCCAUCACGGACCUCGAGCAGGAGGAGUUCAAGACGUUUAUCUUCCCCGAGUGCGUCUUCACCGCCGUUACAGCUUAUCAGAAUCAACUCAUUACAAAACUCAAAAUAGACAGUAAUCCCUUCGCUAAAGGAUUCCGCGAUUCUUCUCGUCUUACUGAAUUUGAGAGAUUCUAUAUCACGGGGGAGCACGAUCGAACACCAGUUUUCCCCGAAGACAUGCGCUUCAGCGCCGCUAACUCUAGGGAGACGAUGGAGUCGAUGCUCGCGGAGCAGCAUUACCUGCGAUCGCCGCUGCGGCCGUUCGAGCUGGACCAGCACAACAACAACCUGACGCUGGAGGAGAAGGCGAUCCUGGCCGCGCGGUCCCAGCUGUUCCUACGGGCGGCGUACCCGCUGUACGGCGUGCCGGCGGCAGCGCUGUGGGGGCAGUGGGCGUGCCUGGCGCCGCAACUGCUGGCGCAGCAGCACCUCGCGUCGGGGUCGGGGCUGCAGCUGCCGCGGCCGGUGUACCCGGGCGGCGUGCCGGCGGCGCUGUCGCAGCACCGCUUCUCGCCGUACCCGCCGCGCCGCGCCUCGCCCGGUUCCUCGCCCGACUCGCUGCGGGACGCGAGCCCGCUGCCGCCGCCGCCGCACCCCCCGCACACCCCCCACACCCCCCAUCCCCCGCACAGCCCCACUUAGUGCUGAGCCGGCACUCGGCGCCCACAUAAGUUGUAUGAAAUAGUCAAACGAGUCAGUUUGGUCGCUAUUUAUUUUCUAUCCUUCAGUUUUAUGUAGGUACUCUCAUAAGACGGCUGUAAUAUAAAAACGGACAGUAUUUUAAAAUAUUGAUUUCUCAUAAAUUAAUUUGUAUCAUAUUGUAAAAAUAUUUAAUUCUAUUUUAAGACUGUAAUUAUUACUGCUAUUUUAGUGUAAUUUUAUUAUGUUCCUAUUCCUUUCCUUUGUGUGUCGCUGCAUAGAAAAUGCGUAAAGAUAAGGUUGAAUUGACAGUUUUUCGAUACAUGAUGUAAAAAUGUACAUUCGGUGUAAUGAAAUAAAAGUGUAUUAUUUUAAAAUUUCUGUUAUUAGGUGAUAUGUGCAAUAAAUUGAAAAUAAUUGGUAGUAGAAGUAAUAUGUAGUAAGACAUAAUAUAAAAUGUAGAUAGUAUUAUAUUAGUUGUGUUUAAGACUUGGAGGAUGCGAUGCCGAGCGCAGACACAUAGGUCGAUGUAUCUAUGUAAACUUUAGUUAAAUUAAAGCUAUUAUAAAUAAUAUAUUAAUUAAUGAAAAAUUAAAUGUUUGUUAACAUA